AUGACCAAUUCGAAGCCGCCUUCCGAAUUGAAGGACCAUUGCUUGGUGGUAGCGGGGCACACCCUUUACGCAUACUCGGCAGAUGGCUUCUUCUCCAGAGCGCUCGCAGUGAACAGCACAUGGACCCCACUAGAUUCCGGUGUGGCCGUCUCAGGUGCAGUUUGCGUCAAGGGCGGAUAUGAGGGCAGUCAAAAUGCCGAUGAAGCUUUGUAUGUGGUUGGCGGGACCACCACAAAAUCAGAUCAAACAUACACAGGCCUUCAGCGCUAUUCCUUCCAAGAAGGCAAAUGGCAGACGCUGGGCACAGGAUCAUCCCCUUUGACCGGCCGAACAGGACAUGGUGCCGCCUUUAUCCCCUCCACUUCCUCAAUUAUCACUUAUGCUGGCACCACAAUUCCCGGGUCGGAAUCGGCGCUGUCGGCGGACGCAUUUCAGAUAUCAACCAAGACGCCAUACACCCCAUUAAGUCUGGUCAGUCAGGGAGCCCCAAAUCUUCGAUACCCCCAGCUGCACUCGUGGAACGCGACCCAUCUUGGUAUGUUUGGAGGAAAUGGCGGCAGCGAUAGCAUUUGGAUGUACAGCGAUGGUCCGGGUUGGCAAAUCUCGCCUUCAAGUCUUCCGCUCGAUGUUUCUCUAUCAACACCUCUCAAUCUGGUGUCUGGCCCGGGGGACAGCAAGAUUGCAGAACUGUUCGACAUGCAUUCCUCCCCCAAUUCUGUCACCAACUACGAGCUCAUCACCCCUGAGGGUCAGCCUCAAAGCCCUGCCAAGUCUGUUGGUGCGCCGUCUGUUAAAAGGAGCUCAGAUGUCUUCCCACCUUACAAUGCGACCUUCGCUCCGGCCCAGACCUGGAAAAACUACGCACUCGCUCAAGGGAACAAUGGCAUGGUAGUUCUCUCCAAUGGCCAGGCCAUUGACUCCUUGGCUCUCUAUAACCAUUCUUCAAAUAGCUGGGUCAACUCGACCGAGUUUUUCCAAGGGAAAAGUCUCCAACAACCUCUGACCGGGAGCACUUCAUCCUCUUCCAUGUCGAAAACGACCCCCACGGCCACUGCAACGAUAACACCUCCAGCGAUCACGUCUCCUGGUAUGACGACAGCGAGUGUCACGCCCAGUUCCACCCCGGCUCCGACGGUAGGUGCAACUGCAGAUAUGAGUUCUCACGACAGAAUCGUAAAGAUCGUGGGCGGGACUCUAGGAGGCGCGUGUGCGCUUUGUUUUAUUCUUCUCUUCAUCCUGUGGCUGCUGAAGCGUGAGCGAACCAAGCGCGAGCAGAUUGGACGCCCGCGUGUACAACACGGUUCAAACCGGAAGAGCUUCCAGGAUCAAGGAAUGCAAUCCUUGGCUAGAUCUGCGCAACCGAUGGGUCGCUCUGACGGCCCAGUCCCUGCAUCUGCACACGAUUCGUUUGCGAUAUUUUCGGGCGCCUACGCGCAGUCCCCAAAGACGUCGGCGCCUCCUCAGCUUGGCAUCCGCAAUGAGACGUCCACCGCACCCCACAAGAGCAAUUUCAACUCGAAUAUCGCGCCAAGCAGCCUUGCGCCAUCCACGAUAUACACUGCGGGCAUGAAUCGCACGAGCGCGACUUCGGCGGACUUUGAUAUUCUCCCUGGAGACCGUAACACUGACGACAACUGGGGAAAAUAUUUCAAGGAUACCACGGGUGUUGCAGCCCCAGCCAGUCAGCCAACUCAUCGCUCCGUAGCGAGUUCUAUCUACACCCAAUCCGACUAUCGCGGUAGUGCCUGGCCGAUGUCGACUCUGAACCCGCUCAACAUGAGUUUUCUCGAUCAACCAAAACCGUUGGGUCAGGUCUACAUGGGUAGUCCCACAACGUUAUUUGCAUCCUCCACCCACAGUCUCACGAUUCCGGAGGGGCAGAGCGCGCGUAUCUCCAGUGUCGACUCAAUCAGUUUGCAUAGUGAGGACGACCCACAUGACACCCGUUGGACGGACACGCAAGGCAGUCAGCCAAAUCGCCCCCCAAGCAGCGCCUACAGCCAAAGCAUGUAUUCCCGCUAUACGCGGGAUCUUCGAAGCGAUCCACACGAGAUGCCUCCGUUCAAGGGCAGUUCGCGGCCUAAUGCUCCCAUUCCUGAAUUUCCUGAUGAGUCACCCGUAGUCGGGCGAGGCAGCAAUGUCAAUGCCGACAUGAGUUGGCUGAAUCUACAGACUGGGAAGAUAUGA